AUGAAGGCAGACGAGCUCAAGGCGAUUACGCCCAAUCUGGGCAAGGACUUCAAGACCAUCGAGCCCCAUCUGGUCGCCCUCGACAAGCAUCUCAUCCUGAGGACCUACCUCGACGGCUACAACCUCGGCGAGAACGACAAGGCCAUCUGGACAGCCCUCCGUACCAACCGUGCCGCUGCCUCGUACAUUAUCAAGGGCGCCCUCGCGAACCUGCUGCGGUGGUACGCCUUCGUCGACGCCACACACCCCGAGAUCCAGGAGUCUAUCAAGGCCGACGAGGCAGAGAAGAGGAAGAAGACUGCUGCCGCCAGCAAGGCUGGAGGCAACUUCAACCUGGGCCUGCAAGACACCGAGAACGGCGUUGUCACCAGAUUCCUGCCCGAGCCGUCAGGAUACCUGCACAUUGGACACGCCAAAGCUGCCCUCCUUGCCGACUACUUUGGCCAUGUUGCCUACAAGGGAAAACUGCGACUGCGUCUCGACGAUACCAACCCGUCCAAGGAGAAGGGAGAGUACCAGGAUGCUAUCAUCGAGGACCUCGCCCUGAUGGGCAUUACGGCCGACCACCUUUCCUACACCUCCGACUACUUCGAGUACCUGUACGACAUGUGCACGAGACUCAUCUCUGAGGGUCACGCAUACGCCGAUGACACAGGCACCGAGCAAAUGCGAGACGAGCGAUGGAAGGGCAUCCCGUCCAAGCACCGAGACCAGCCCGUCGAGGAGACACUACGCAUCUUCAAAGAGAUGAAGAAGGGGUCCGAGGAGGGUCUCAAGUGGUGUAUCCGCGCCAGAGUCUCGUACGACAACCCAAACAAGGCUAUGAGGGACCCUGUCAUCUACCGAUGCAACAUCGAGGAUGCCCAUCACAGGACUGGGACAACGUGGAAAGCGUACCCCAUGUACGACUUCGCUUGCCCCGUCAUUGACAGUCACGAGGGCGUCACACACGCCUUGCGAUCGACCGAGUACACCGACCGCAACCCUCAGUACCAAUGGUUCAUCGACACUCUGAAGCUGCGCCAGGUUCACAUGUGGGACUUCGCCCGCAUGAACUUUGUCAAGACGUUCCUGUCUAAGCGGAAACUGGCCAAGCUCGUCGACACCGGCAAGGUUUGGGGCUGGGACGAUCCUCGUAUGCCUACCAUCCGUGGUGUGCGCAGGCGAGGUAUGACGGUGGAGGCUCUGCGCGACUUCAUCAUCAAGCAGGGACCCAGCCGAAACGUGACCACCAUGGACUGGACCGUGUUCUGGGCCAACAACAAGAAGGUCAUCGACCCUAUCGCGCCUCGUUUCACGGCUAUUCUGCGAAAGGACGCCGUGAAGGUUACCGUCAAGGGCACUGACGCCCCUGCUGCCCCCGUCACAGAGAGCAAGCCCAAGCACCCUAAGAACAAGGAUGUUGGCCUCAAGCAGGUCAUUUUCUCCGACGAGCUGCUGCUGGACCAGGCUGAUCUGGCGCUCAUGAAGCCCGACGAGGAGAUCACGCUCAUGACCUGGGGUAACGCCUUUGUGCGCUCCAUCGACGGCUCGUCGCCUAUCAAGACCGCGACCGUCGAGCUCAACCUGGCCGGUGACGUCAAGAAAACCGAGAAGAAGGUGACAUGGCUGUCCACUAAGGGCACCACCCUUGUGCCGGCCGAGCUAUGGGACUUCGACUACCUGAUCACCAAGGACAAGCUCGAGGAGGAUGACAACCUGGAGGACUUCCUGAACCCCAACACGAGCACCAUGGAGGAGGCAUGGUGUGACGAGAACGUCGCGAGCCUGAAGAAGGACGAUAUCGUCCAGCUGGAGAGGAGGGGUUAUUACCGUGUGGACAAGGGCCUUGCGGACUACAAGGAGGGCGAGGAGAAGAAGGUGGUGUUGUUCAACAUCCCAACUGGAAAGACGGGUGAGGCGCGGCCCUCCAAGUAG